AUUUUUUAUUUCUAUUUAAGCUUAUACAAAUUGUUUAAUCUUAGACGUUUGGAAAAAAUGAUCUACGAUAUUUACUCGUUGGAAUGUCUAAGUUAACAAAAUGAUCGUUUUUGUUGAUAUUAAACAUAGUCAAAAUUUUUGAGAAAGGUUUAUUUUUAUGGAUAAGUUAUUCUCAAAAUAAUAUUAUUUUUGGACACGAUCUUCUUCAUAGAAGCUUUCUUCAAAAAUGAAGUUUUUUUCAAAAGUUCGAAAAAGCCAUGUUCUCGCUUAAACUUUCAUCUUUAAAAUAAGAUCUUGUUUAUCAAAAUAGUUCAAGAAUUUUGCUUGUAUUCAUUGUUGGCGUAAACCAUUAAAGUAGGGAUGAUGAACAGCCUUAAGAUUAUUCCAAAUUAAUCGUUCGAAACGCCAUCUGAAGAUAGAAAUAAUUGCGUCGAAGUUAGUUGUCUAUUUUCACAUUUUUCAUGAUCUAAUUUUGUAAAGCGCGGUAGUAGCAUAUGCAUAUGCACGUGUCGUUAUCUCUGGUUAUUUAUAAUACUUUUUAUAUAAAAUUCUCCACGAAGUACAAUUUUAUAAUAUUUUUUGUGAAGUUACAAAUUUAGUGAUAUUAUUAUAAAUCAAAAUGAGUACAAUCUUGGAGAAAAUUGCUUCGAUCGAAGCAGAGAUGGCACGUACACAAAAGAACAAAGCAACGUCUGGUCAUUUAGGCUUAUUGAAAGCAAAAUUAGCAAAAUUGAGACGUGAACUUAUAACACCAAAAGGAGGUGGUGGUGGUGGAGAACAAGGAUUUGAAGUUGCUAAAACUGGAGAUGCUCGGAUAGGUUUUGUCGGUUUUCCUUCUGUUGGUAAAUCUACAUUAUUAAGUACACUUGCGGGUGUAUACUCUGAAGUUGCAGCAUAUGAGUUUACAACUUUAACUACUGUUCCUGGUUGUAUAAAAUAUAAGGGAGCAAAAAUACAGUUAUUGGAUUUACCAGGUAUUAUUGAAGGUGCUAAAGAUGGAAAAGGUCGUGGAAGACAAGUAAUAGCUGUAGCUAGAACUUGUAGUUUGAUUUUUAUUGUUUUGGAUGUGCUUAAACCGUUGGGACAUAAGCGCUUGAUAGAACAUGAAUUGGAAGGUUUUGGAUUACGACUUAACAAGCAACCACCUAAUAUUACUUUUAGGAAAAAAGAAAAAGGUGGUGUCAACUUGCAAACCACGUGUGCACAAUCAGAACUUGAUUUAGAGUCAGUCAAGGCUAUACUGGCAGAGUACAGAAUUUACAAUGGAGAUGUAAAUCUACGAUAUAAUGCUACAUCGGACGAUUUGAUUGAUGUCAUUGAAGGGAACCGAGUUUACAUACCAUGUAUUUAUUUGUUGAAUAAAAUCGAUCAAAUAAGUAUAGAAGAAUUGGAUGUUAUAUAUAAAAUACCACAUUGUGUACCUAUUUCUGCUCAUCACAAAUGGAAUUUUGAUGAUUUGUUGGAGAAGAUGUGGGAUUAUUUACAACUCGUUAGAAUUUAUACCAAACCUAAAGGUCAACUACCAGAUUACAAUUCUCCUGUAGUAUUAAAUACAGAAAGAAGAACGGUAGAAGAUUUUUGCAAUAAACUUCAUAGAUCAAUAGCAAAGGAAUUCAAAUAUGCGUUAGUAUGGGGGUCAUCGGUAAAACAUCAGCCACAGAAAGUGGGAAAGGAUCAUGUCUUGUGCGACGAGGAUGUUGUACAAAUAGUAAAAAAAGUGUGAUUUUAUUUUGUGGUAUAUAUAUAUGUGAGUAAAUAUUGAAAAAUAAUAUUGAUUGAAAACAAAAAGAGGACAAGCGAUUUGCGUAUUAUACUUAACAGCUUAAUAGUAUAAUACUCUUUUUAAAUUUAAUUUCACUUUACAAAUAAAGUUGUAAAAUUAGGAUGUGGUAUUAGAUUAUAUCUUUCAAACUAAAAGGAUAAACAGAAAUAUGUACAUAUAGAUACAUAUAUCUUUCAUAAUGACAGAUGUAUAAGUUGAUGUAGUAAUAUCAAACAGGAUUAAAAAAAAAGAAAAAGAAAAAAAAAAAAAAGAAAAAAAAGAAAAAGAAAAAAAAAGGAAGAAAGAAAAAGAA